GGAGCCCUGGCCAGCGCGCAGCCUUCCCGGCGCCGGCAAGCUGGGUCUUGGGAAUUCUGUUUUGCUCCUGCUCACUCACAUUUACAAACCACUGGAUCUUAUAUGCCUCUGUACCUCCCAUUUCCACUGCGUGUGUCCAUGCUCCCGUGCCAGCAACAGGAUAUGUUCUCUUGAUGUCAGCUAAGAGUUACUAAGGUAGCUCUGCAUGUCAGUAAACCAACCUUGGUAGAAUCCCGAGGCUCUUGGAGACACCCAUCUCUCUUCAUUUUUGUGUGUGCGUGUCCUCACUGAACAUUCAAAACUGUUUCUCCAAAGAGUUUUGCAAAAACUCAGACUGUUUUCCAAAGCAGAAGCACUGGCGUCCUCAGCAGAAGCGAUGGGCAGUGUGCGAACCAACCGCUAUAGCAUUGUCUCUUCGGAAGAAGACGGCAUGAAGUUGGCCACCAUGGCAGUUGCCAAUGGCUUUGGGAAUGGGAAAAGUAAAGUCCACACUCGGCAACAGUGUAGGAGCCGCUUUGUGAAGAAAGAUGGCCACUGUAAUGUUCAGUUCAUCAACGUUGGGGAAAAGGGACAACGGUACCUUGCUGACAUUUUUACUACGUGUGUGGACAUUCGCUGGCGGUGGAUGCUGGUUAUCUUUUGCCUAGCUUUUGUUCUCUCGUGGCUGUUUUUUGGCUGUGUGUUUUGGCUGAUAGCUUUGCUCCAUGGAGAUCUGGAUGCAUCUAAGGAGAGCAAAGCCUGUGUGUCUGAGGUCAACAGCUUCACAGCUGCCUUUCUUUUCUCCAUUGAGACCCAGACAACCAUCGGCUAUGGGUUCCGAUGUGUCACGGAUGAAUGCCCGAUUGCGGUGUUCAUGGUUGUGUUCCAGUCAAUUGUGGGCUGCAUUAUUGAUGCUUUUAUCAUUGGUGCCGUCAUGGCAAAGAUGGCAAAGCCAAAGAAAAGAAAUGAGACUCUUGUCUUCAGUCACAAUGCUGUGAUUGCCAUGAGAGAUGGCAAGCUGUGUUUGAUGUGGCGAGUAGGCAACCUUCGGAAAAGCCACUUGGUAGAAGCUCAUGUUCGAGCCCAGCUCCUCAAAUCCAGAAUUACUUCUGAAGGGGAAUACAUUCCCUUGGAUCAAAUAGACAUCAAUGUUGGCUUUGACAGUGGAAUUGACCGUAUAUUUCUGGUAUCCCCAAUCACUAUUGUCCAUGAAAUAGAUGAAGAUAGUCCUUUAUAUGAUUUGAGCAAGCAGGACAUUGAUAAUGCAGACUUUGAAAUUGUUGUGAUACUAGAAGGCAUGGUGGAAGCCACUGCCAUGACAACACAGUGUCGUAGUUCUUAUUUGGCCAACGAGAUCCUUUGGGGCCACCGCUAUGAGCCAGUGCUCUUUGAGGAGAAGCACUACUAUAAAGUGGACUAUUCGAGGUUUCAUAAGACUUACGAAGUACCCAACACUCCCCUUUGUAGUGCCAGAGACUUAGCAGAAAAGAAAUAUAUUCUCUCAAAUGCUAACUCAUUUUGCUAUGAAAAUGAAGUUGCCCUUACAAGCAAAGAGGAAGAUGACAGUGAAAAUGGGGUUCCAGAAAGCACCAGUACAGACACACCUCCUGACAUCGACCUUCACAACCAGGCAAGUGUACCUCUAGAGCCCAGACCCUUACGGCGAGAAUCGGAGAUAUGACUGACUAGCUCAUUCUCUGGAAUAUUUACGUAACUACACAGUCUGUUGGUCAGAGGCCCAAAACAGUUUUACAGACGACGGUACUGGUCAGAGGUGGGACAAGGCAGGUGGCCACAAGAGACCGAGGCUAGCACGAGUGAUUUUGAGAAAGACUGUAAACCCGAUGAUGAAGUCAAGCACUCAAUAGGCCUCCGUGUAACUCAAUGGCACAUAUAUGUUAUAGAAUAAGUUAUGGAUUUUUAAUGUAUUGUUUUGUGUUUUUACAAAACUUGAAUUUGCAGGCAAGCUUUGGUUGGGUAUUUGACUUAUCCAGAAUGCUUCUCUUUAGGGAACAAGAAUGUUUUUAAUGGCAUAACAAAGGCAAGACUUUGCCUUAAUUUUUGAAAAGCUGCUAACUACAUGAACACAAAUUGUAUUUUUGUUGCAGUGUAGUUUUUCUUUUAUAUAAUUUAAAAGUCAGUGUUGAACUUUGUUGAAAGCUCAUGAUGCACUGCAAAGUAGCAAGUAUUUGGCUAUUAACUGCCAAAAUGAAAGCCUGAUUUUUUUGAGGCCAGUAAUCUGUUUGCUACAAUUGAUUCUCUCUCUCUCUCUCUCUCUCUCUCUCUCUCUCUCUCUCUCUCUCUCUCCUCUCUCUCUGUCCUCUCUCUCUCUCUCUCUCUGUCCUCUCUCUCUCUUCUCUGUUUGGUUACAUAAGGGCAUUAUGUAACACUAGCCAAAUGGUAGCCUCUGGGUUUUUUUCCUUUCUCUCCAGGAUAUUAAUGGGUUAUCUCAAAUUUUAAGUUAGACUACCUAAAAUGAAUACCAAAGAUAAUGCACAUUUUUGCACAAUGGAGCUUAUACUAGAAAGAAAGCCCUAUGGGUUGCCUUGAAAUCAAGAGACAAUAACUUUGAACCUCAGCAAGACCUUGAAAUGCCUGUUCAUUUGCACCUUUUUUAGAAAACUGAUCAUCAGAAACAAGAGUCCCGUAAGUGUAGUUCUUUAUAAAUUCCGUCUUUUUCAAGCAUCUUUCUUAUUGGAAGAGGAAGAGGACGAAGACAGUGAAAGUAUAAUCCACACACAUCACCCAGGAUUCACAGCUUUUGUUUUCUCCUGUAGUUAGUGCCCUCCUGGUUAGUGUCUAAAAUGAUAUGCUCUUAGAUUUGUCUGGACUUUCCCCUUUUAUGCACAUUCCAACAUUUAUUCCAUAAGAUAAGGUCUCUGUUGGACUUUGCCUGCAUUCUGGCAUCCUCCAAAGGAACAUUUGCACCUGAAUUCAUAGCCUUGACUGUCAGGACGUUUAUAGAUUGGCAUCAUCUUAGAAAAGAUACCAUGCCUGGCUUCCUGGUUUGUUUCUUUGAUCAGCCUGUCUGGAGGGAGACCUGCAGUGUGGGAGCAGGCUAAGAUGAUGAUGUAGAAGGUAAUAGGGAGGUGUUAGACAAACCUCUUUGAUGCAACACUUUAGCUCAAGUAUUCACAAGCCAGAGGAAAAUUGCUUCUUUUGUAUUGCAGAGGGCAGAAAUGAGAACAUUUCAGUAUUCUAGGAUCAAAGAUAGUCACAAAAUCAUGUAAUGCAAUCACAAGUAAAUGUGAUAAUAGCCCAAAAGGAUUAUUUCCCUCUAUGUGUGCAUAUGCAUGACCACUGUGAGCCAAAACAUUACUUUUUGUGAAGCUCUAGAGCAGGUUUCAAAGGACACACUGUUUUUAAGAAGUCUCUCCUGCUUGGCUGCCUGCCUUGUUAGAAACAGCUUCUCUCCCCCAGCUCAAUAAUGGAAUUCUUCUUUUGGUCUAAAGUUCCCUACUUGUGAAUUCUGGGGUUGCUGACUUUUCUUUUUAAUUAGAGUCUCAAAAUCAACUCUUUUGUGGUGUUAUAUGCUAGUAUGCCAUUAAAAAACAGCUUGUUCUAGAAUCCUGUACUCUGUCAAUUUACAUUUGUGAUGGUAUCUGGUUUGGGAACAGCCAUGUAUGAAUGCCGUGCCUGCAGGAGUAUGACAGAUUCUGCUGUUUUCAGCCUUCCAUGUUGAUGAGUUUAAAAUCCAUGGGUUCUUUUCAAUGGAACCAAGACAGAGAGGUUAAGCAAGUGGAUGUCACUUAUAAUCCAAAUUUAAAGGCAGAUUUGGAAAGUUGUUUAAUGAGUUGGAGGAAAUGGGGAUGAGAGAAUUUAGUGAAUGAACAAUAAUUUGGCCUUUGACUGUGAGAGGCUAUUGAGGGCUUCAGCUGCUGCUAUUAUGAUGUUUUGCAAAGGAAAAUAAUCAAACCAAAGAGUAUUCAAUGACAUAUAAAUUAAAUGAAGAUGCAGAGGAGAAUGGGGGUGACCACACAGGAGGCCCUCCCCCAAACACACCGUGCUACCACUUAAAAAGAACUGAAAUGUUUGAAGGGGGUGGGUACAAGGACAAGAAGGGGGAGGGAAAUCUUUCAAUUUAUUUCUGAUAAAGUAGGAAAUAAAAUCUAAAAUUUCUGGUGCACAGGUUUGUUUUUCUUUUUUCAAGAGAAUUUUGCAGAAGCUAUGUUUUUAAAAGUGUACAUUUUAUAAAGUUUAUCAGAUAUUUUCAUAUUUAAAGCCAAAUGUAAAUAGAAGUGUGUAAAGCAAAAGAAAAAAAAAAGAAAAAAAAUUACCAUAGAAAGUAUAAUUUCUGAGCAACGAUUUCUGAAAGCUAAUACCUAUAUGCUACCGGUUAGCAUGGUUUCAGCAAAUAUUUACCAGCCUUAUAAAAUUCAUAUUGCUAGGUUCUCCUGUUAUUUAUUUCAGCAUGGACUGUUCAUUUGAAAGCUUUUCGUAGUUACUAGCAUUUUAAUAAUUACAAGUUUUAAAUGGCUAUUUUGUUGUUGUUGUUGUUGUUAAAAGAGCCAAGACACAGGUAAUGCUGGCACUUAUUGCAGCAUUUUACCUUCAAAAUAUUGUCUUUAUUGACUGAGUCUCCUUAACUAAUGCAAACCUGUCACUAGAAUGCAGAAGGAAGGGACUCACCUUGAAUAUCUGGGGUGGAUUCCCAGAUGCGUGUUGCUUCUCUAUUGCAAGCAAAUCCUUGAUGCAUUUCCUUAGGAUGUAUUCCCUUUUAAAGAAUGUCUGCCCAUAUCUGGAUGGGCAUUAUAUUUGGGAGGGUGUAGAUUCCUGAUUAUUCUAUUUUUAAAUAAGAGGUAGACAAAGCGAAUUCUAUUUUGAUUAUUGAGAAAGGAAUAGUUUUCUAUCCCUCUAAGAGUUAUACUUGAAUCAGACAUUUUAAGGAUGUCACUAUAGCACUGUAGCCAUUUCCAAAUUCCUCCAGGAAGUUUGUUUUACUUGGUUUUCAUUCUAUUAAUGCAUUGUUUCUUCCCUUUACUUCCUUUCUCCCCUGCAUACUCCCAUCCCAGAUCUCAGUGUGUAUUUGAAGAGCUCUGUCCCCUAAAUCAUGUUCUUCUUGCAGAUAAUAAAAUGAGUUUAUCUUUUUUAAUAAGCCACUUUGUAAAGGCAAACAAGCUAAUUCUGAGUACGGUGAUCUGUUUUUCACUCUGUGUCUAAUAAUGUCAAGGGGAAAAUUAAAAGUGUUGCAUAGUUUUAUCCCCACCAACAACCUUUAGCAAACUAGAAUUUCCUUUCUAGUAUCAUGAGCUUUCAGCUCUGGGGUACAGUGAGUUGAACAAUUUUGGCCUUUGACAAUCAUGUUAGUUAUUAUUUUCCCAUUUGCCAUCUUUUUGUAUCUCCAGUCUUCCUAUUGUACUGCACAAACCAUCGAUUGUACAUAUUUUUAUAUAUUAUGUCUUAUUUUAUUAUUUCUAAAUAAAAAUCAAAAAUUGAAAAUGAA